ACCUAGAACUCCUAAAAGUCGCCAUGUUUUCGAGAACCAGGGGCCCGAAGAAGCCUCUGUUCGUUCAGAAAACCAGAGGAAGCAAGGUCAGAAAAUCAAAGGAUUCUGUGGCCGAUGGUGACCCCGGUUCUGAUGGCAGCAGGGCGAUGGAAAAAAGGAUUGCCAAACUGCGUAUUCUCCGAGACUGGUACAAUGACACUUGUGGUUUUUACUUCAAUCCCGAGGAACUCUGUACUCCCGCAGGUGCCAUGCCAGUAGACCGAAAGAUCCCCACUUGUCCCCACCAGGGCAACAAGACUCCUUUUAGUUUCAUGUUUUGUAAACCGGACUGUGACCAUGGUACCCCUAUGAUUGCUGUCUGUUCUCCCGGUGCCGAUCACAACGACAUCGAAGAUAACGCUGGUGCUCCUGGUAGGGAUGAAGGACAUAAGGCCAGUAAAUCUUUGAAGAUGAUGCGAAUCCCUUCUGCUCCUUUUUUGAUUCCUGAGAAUUGUGUUGGUGAUCCUCCUGGUUAUGUUUCUUUGUACUAGGGGUUUGCUUCAGCCGAAUAUUUAAAGAAUAGAUCAAUGUGGAUAUUUCUCUGUAGUCCUUUGCCUAGUUGUUUGUGAGUGUUAAAGGGUUGUAAAGAUGGUAACAUAUUGAGCACAACUAUUAUAGCAGUGAAAAUGAAUCUAGGACAACUAUUAUAGCAGUGGUUGGUGACGAAGGAAUCUUUAUUGCAGCAGAUGGAAGAGCCGUUUCUAAUGAGGAAUCUACCAAGGGUCAAAUAAUAUCUGGGAAUUUUCCAAAAAUAUUCACAAUUGGGGAUUAUAUCAUGGCUACUUAUUCUGGAAGUUGUAAUCAGAGUGUGAAGAUUAUAACAAAAGUUGCAGCUGCGUUUGAGAAGCGUAAGGUGAGUAUGAGAAGAAUACGGAAGAAAUUUUGGAAGCUAAUGAAAAAGUGGAAGAGGGCGCGUGAACAUGAAAAUUAUCAUGGAGUGUUUCCAGGGGAAAUAUUGAUUUACGGAUAUAGCAGAAGUAGGAGUCGUGUUUACAAUGUUCUCACUGAUAAAUAUAUGGAAAGUGAAACACAAGUAUAUGGUAAUGGAUCUGGAUUUGAGUGGGCACAGCAGUAUGUGGAGGAGCAAUUAGCAAGACAUGUUGGAUCAAAAACCAGUGAAAAUUAUGUUAGUUGGCUUUGUACAGCGGUA